CUCAUUGAUAAGCCGUCGAGUGCACUUACUAGUGCACGAGCAGCGCGUCAAUACCGCACUAAUAAAACGAUAAUAGAUAUGAGACAGACACACACAUAUCAGGGACUCCUUGAAAGGGACAUUAUUCAGCUUUCAGGGGAGCCAUUUUGAGUUUGGAAUACUUUGAUUGUGGAUUUUGAACUCAUUAAAGGAAUUCAACAUGGAAAAUGUUCCCAAUCCCAAAAGGACUGUUACUGUCCAGAUGAUGCAACAGCUUGCCAGUAUAGAUGCCCUGGGCAAUAAGGAGUUAAAUGGUAACUGGGACAUUGAACCAAAGUUAAGCUUAAAUCAAGAUUGCUCUUCUGCGCAAAAAGCUAAAUCAGAUCAGGAACAUAUGCACCUUACGCCCUCUGUCAAAGAUUCAAAAUCCCACACCAAGGAAGAAAAAAACAUUGCAUCCCAUGGCUGUGAAGAUCUCAGGCAACCUCAAAAUAGUCACACAAACCCAAAGACAUCAGGUCAGUGCACCAAGAGCACUGAAUAUCAAAUUAAUAAUUGCAGAUCUAAUUCAAAUUCAGAAUCAUUAACUGUCCUUUCCGCUAAAAGCCCGUCAUCCAGCCCGUCAUCUACAGUUACUCAGAGCAUUGACAAGGAGAAAAAUGGAAAUGGCACAACAAAGGCUCUAGAAAAAAUGACCAAACCACAGAGCCUAACAUCAGAAACUGGUGCAAUCAAAUGGACAGUGCAGAAUCAAAAGCCAAGCCAGGCUAGUCCCCCAAACCACUCAAACUCUGCUGGGGCUUCUCUUGAAAAGGAUUUAUCUCCCAGCACCAACAACACAAACAAGGACAUAUCACUUAUAUCUGAAUCAAAAGAUUCAAGUUGCACCACCAGCAUAGCCCAAGAAUCAACCAUCAGCAGUUCCCAGUUAGAGCAGCUCCAAGUGGGAUCAACUACCAAUGCUCCAAUAAACAAUUGUUCCAGAGUUACAGAUGAGGUUCAUUCAUUUCAACCAGCACACAAUGACGAGAAACCUCUGACAAUUAUUCAGAGAGCCCAACCUCAUGAGAUAAUGCAUACGCCUGUAAAAGAGGACAAUUGUGUCAUUGAUUGCAUGAAGAAGGAUUCCACACCACCAGGAACAUCUCAAGAGACUCCCUCUGGGCACCUACUGGUAUCUUCGAGAAGCAAUGCCAUGAUCCCUGAUAACUCAAGCCACUCGUUCCACACGGAAGUGACUUCAAUGCAGGGAGCUGCUCUUGAAGAGCAGAAGCAAGUCCAUUGCAAACUCUACCGUGAGGCAUCUACCAUGACUUCUGCCGUUGAGUUCAGCAACCAGCCAAGCAUGCAACGGCAUGAUGUAGAAGUGCAGGCAGUGGCUUUGGUUUGCAGUCAGUCUACAGCCACUAGCCCUAGUCUUUUGCCUCUACAGCCCCAUCAGAGAUCAAUUGGUCUACUUCCUGAGGAAACUGAAAGUUUAGGAGUGGUCUUUGGGGUAGAGACAACAGACCGACCAUCAGGUGCCACCUCAAAGAUCCAUACGAACACCCCAACUGUUGUUUCUUCCAGUACGAUCCUUCUCGAGAAGCCCACACAAUCAGGUACAGUGAUGGUACAUGUAGAUGCUGAUCUGCAGCAGGAAGUAAAGCUUGGAGCCACGCCUGGGUCUUGUCUUCCUAAUGCUCAAAGAGGAUUUUCACCUCUUCACCCAGUCUAUCAAAUUAACAUAGAGACCUGCAACCAAAAUAAAUAUUGCAAAGAAGCAAGAUGCAGCCUUCAGAGCCAAGGCUCACCUGCACUCUCAGGAACUGGUCCUCAAAAUUCAGCCAGUGUGCAGGAUAAAACAUCUGAUCACGCCAGCCAGAAUCUUCCAGAGGAAUUGGCCAAGCCUCCCGCUUCUAAAUCCGUCCUCUCACAAUCAGAGUUCCAUCCACAGGCAGCUAUUUCUUCAGAGAAACCUCCAUCAGACAUUACGAUGGCCACUCCUCCAACGUCAAGCUCCACACCGCAGAGCAAGAAGCAGCAGGGAGCUUCCAAGUUGAAGCCAGAGAAAGAAGAACAGGACGAUGAGAAGGCAGCCAAGGAAACAAAGAAAAGCAUGCAUGAUGUCAUAUGGGAUGAGCAAGGUAUGACCUGGGAGGUAUAUGGAGCAUCAGUAGAUCCUGAGUCACUGGGUUUUGCCAUUCAAAGUCACUUACAGUGCAAAAUCAUAGAGCACGAGAAGAAGGUCAUGGUCCAAACAGCUCUAAGAAAAUCUGUGGCUUUGCCACCCGGUAAGAAGAACAAGCGGAGGCAGGUUAACAUCAACUUCAGGUCUAUGUUCCAAAAUAUCCGUCGACCCAACUGUUGUGGGCGUCCAUCAGUACUAGAGUAAAAGACGUUAUGUCGUCAUUGGUAGGUCAGUGUGAUCAAAUCUUCCAUGAGACAAUUGCAAAGCAUGUUGGGAGAUAUCUCAAAUUCUUUGAGGAUUUUGUUAAAUGUAGAAACUUGAUAUUUAUGUGGAGAACAGUAAUCUUAAAGAAAAAUAUUUUUGAAAAGUAAAUUAUGUAUGGUGAUAGUAAAGCUACAGCAAUGUUUAGAGUGAAAUGGCAAUAAUUUUGAUUAAUAUAGUAAUGGUAAUGAUAAUAUGUCGUAAUGUGCAUGUGUAUUAGUUAAAAAUGGCAGUCUUACAACCAACCUGUUCUCAUAGAAUCACUAAACUAUACCUACAUGUUUGCUAAAUUAUUUUUAUGUGACUCCUUGUUUGUAUCACAACACUUUCCUGGUGAAAUGUAGGCAUUACAACAACAGUGACUUUAUUAAAUUUUUUAUCAUACAAAUCACGAGUGAAAUUGCACGUUAUUAGUUCAUAAACCGUUUAAAUAUACCGCACUUUAACUAUAGUGCAUGACUUGUAAGGCAAUACAUUUGAACUUUUGCAUUACAUAACCAACUGCAUUUAAAGGUUGUUCAAGUAGGGUCAAAUUGCACAGUAGCUCAACCGAUACAGCAUUACAAUUGCUAUGCAAAGGACCGGGUACGAGUCCUGAAAAGCAUGCAAGUCGACACAUAAGUGAUCUGACACAAAAUGAUGUGGUUGCAGGUGCGUUUUAUGACACUAUCGGUUAGGUUUAGGGUAGGGAGGUAUUGGUAAUAUAAAACUCAGUAGAGCAUUAACCUUAAAAACCUCCUGUUUGGGUGAAAAUACAACUCGCUUUUAAGGCCCCACAGUGGACAUUUCACCUCAGAACUGCCGCGAAGGAACCACAUAAUCUAAUUUGGAAAAUAUUUCACAACUUUCUCGUAAUUUCCAUGAGAUCAGGCUCCUUAUACUGUGAAUAGCCAUUGUGGGAUUCAAGAAUAUGCACUGUAUUGAUGAGCAGAUGUAUGCAUAUAA